AUGCCCCUCCCAAUAAUCCACAUCAACGGCUUCCCUGGUAUAGGGAAGCUCACCAUCGCCCGAAAGCUCGUCGCCCUACUAGCGCCAUACAAUGGCAAACUUGUCCAUAACCACCUUCUCAUCGAUCCUGCUGGCGCCAUCCUGUCGCGCGCCAGCGCCGACUACCAACCCCUACGACGCGCAAUCCGAACAGCCAUUUUCGACACAUUGGCUACCUCACGAGAUACCUUUGACUCGGUCUUUGUCUUCACCGACUUUCAAUCCGAUGACGAUAUUGGUAGCGCUGUCAUGGGAGAGUACCGUGCCAUGGCAGCCCGUCGUGGCUGCGCUUUUAUACCCAUCGUUGUAACUUGCAGCAAGGAAGAGAACCUACGCCGGCUUACCUCCAUGGAAAGAUCUCAGCAUGAGAAGCUAACCGAUGUGGAGUUGGUGGCACGGAUACGUGAUAACAGCGUGAUACAUCAGUCGCCAGAUGACUUCUUUAGGAUGGAACUGGACGUCACAGAGCUGGACGAGGAAACAGCCGCGCACAUGAUAUACGAGCACAUCUUGAAGGUUUCGGAGAACAGAUUGGUUUCUUAG